AUGGACGAAGAAGCGCAGAAGAGGAAAGAACAGGAGUCAGGCAUGGCUCUUUCUCAGAAUCCUCCUCAGGGCCUGUUGGUGAAAUGUGUUUUCAUUUCAUUUCAGUUGACCUUCAAGGAUGUGUUCAUAGAUUUCACUCCCGAGGAAUGGGAAUGCCUGGACCCUGCCCAGAGGACCUUGUACAAGGAUGUGAUGGUGGAGACUCUCAGGAACCUGCUGUCUGUAGGAAGAAAACCAUAUAAAUGCAAUGUGUGUGGCAAGGCUUUUAAUGAAACUACAAAACUUGCAAUUCAUUGGAGAUAUCAUAUGAGAAAGAAACCAUAUAAAUGUGAUUUAUGUGGCAAGGCCUUUAGUCAAACUUCAAACCUUGCAGUUCAUCAGAGAAUUCAUACUGGAGAGAAGCCAUACAAAUGCAAUGUAUGUGACAAGGCAUUUAGUCAUACUGCAAAUCUUACUGUUCAUCAGCGACUUCAUACUGGAGAGAAACCAUAUAAAUGUGAUGUAUGUGGCAAGGCCUUUAUUCAAACCUCAAACCUUGCAGUUCAUCAGAGAAUUCAUACUGGAGAGAAGCCAUACAAAUGCAAUGUAUGUGACAAGGCAUUUAGGCAUACUGCAAAUCUUACUGUUCAUCAGAGACUUCAUACUGGAGAGAAACCAUAUAAAUGUGAUGUAUGUGGCAAGGCCUUUAAUGAAGCUGCAAAGCUUGCAGUUCAUCAAAGAUUCCAUACGGGAGAGAAACCAUAUAAAUGUGAUAUAUGUGGCAGAGGCUUUAGUCAAACUGCAAACCUUGCAGUUCAUCGGAGAAUUCAUACUGGAGAGAAACCAUAUACAUGUGAUUGUGAUGUAUGUGGCAAAGGCUUUGGUGAAACUUCAAGCCUUGCAGUUCAUCGGAGAAUUCAUACUGGAGAGAAACCAUAUAAAUGCCAUGUAUGUGGCAAGGCCUUUGCUGCAAAUUCAGGCCUUGCAGUUCAUCGGCGAAUUCACACUGGAGAGAAACCAUACAAAUGUGAUGUCUGUGGCAAGGCGUUUAGUCGUAGUGGACACCUUGCUGUUCAUCAGAGAGUUCAUACUGGAGAGAAACCAUAUAAUUGUGGUAUAUGUGGCAAGGCGUUCAGUGGAACUUCAAGCCUUACUGUUCAUCAGAGAGUUCAUACAGGAGAGAAACCAUAUAAAUGUGAUAUAUGUGGCAAGGCCUUUAGUCAAUCUACAGGCCUUGCAGUUCAUCAGAGAAUUCAUACUGGAGAGAAACCAUAUAAAUGUGAUGUAUGUGGCAAGGCCUUUAAUCAUACUACAAGACUUACACUUCAUCAGAGAGUUCAUACUGGAGAGAAGCCAUACAAAUGCAAUAUAUGUAACAAGGCAUUUAAUCAUACUGCAAACCUGACUGUUCAUCGGAGAAUUCAUACUGGAGAGAAACCAAAUAAGUGUGAUGUAUGUGGGAAGACCUUUAGUCAAACUUCAAACCUUGCAGUUCAUCAGAGAAUUCAUACUGGAGAGAAGCCAUAUAAAUGUGAUAUAUGUGGCAAGGCUUUCAGAGUAAUUUCAAACGUUGCUGUUCAUCGAAGAGUUCAUACUGGAGAGAAACCAUAUAAAUGUGAUGUGUGUGGCAAGGCGUUUAGCCGUACUGGAAACCUUGCUGUUCAUCAGAGAAUUCAUACUGGUGAGAAACCGUAUAAAUGUGAUGUGUGUGGCGAGGCGUUUAGUCGUACUGGAAACCUUGCUGUUCAUCGGAGAGUUCAUACUGAAGAGAAACUGUAUUGUGGUAUAUGUGCCAAGGCCUUCAGUGUAAGUUCAAGCCUUGGUGUUCACCAGAGAGUUAAUACUGGAGAGAAACCAUAUAAAUGUGUUAUUGUCCCAGAGCACAAGCUCGUACAUCAGACUCCCUCUGCCUCUUACAUAAGCAAUCGGGCUGUGAAUUCUCCACAGAAACUUGGCUGGGCCCCGCUCGGCCCCCGCUCGGCCCCGCUCGGCCCCGCUCGGCUCGGCCCCGCUCGACCCCGCUCGGCCCCGCUCGGCUCGGCCCCGCUCGACCCCUCUCGACCCCACACGUACAGACGCAGGCGGGUGUCCAAGGCUCCUCCGACCCUCGUUGUCCCUUUCUCCUGGAACCUACCGCUUAGGAAUCUCUGGUGUGUCCCCUCGAAGGACUUAGCUCAGUCGGGGACAACAGGUGGCAGUGAGAUUGGGGCCUUUCUCUGUGACUUCUUCAAUGAGCUCAAUCAAGCCAAAUCUCAAGGACCGUUAAAACUUUGUGAUAUCCCCAGUUCCUGGCCCAGUGGUCUCUGCUGUUUAGCAGUGUUGCUUAACAGAGCACAGAAGAGUGGUGACAAAAUGUGGAAAGUGGAGAGGAGGCUGUCGGAGAUCUAG